UCAGUUUGAAUAAGUUGCGAUCGAAGCAAAAGUCUGGAAAUGCGUGCCUACAUUGCAAUUAUUCUUCUUGCCCUAGUGGCAGUGGUGUUGGCCCAAGGAGGCGGUGGAAGACGCGGAGGCCGUGGUAGCCGAGGAUUCGAUGUUGGUCGCAGCGUGGGAUCAUUCCGCAGACGUGGCUUCAACGGUGGCUUCCAAGACUUCAGAGGUCCUAGAGGAUUUGGCGGUCGCGGUGCUUUCGGAGGUCCUGGUUGCUUUCCUCCUAAGAGAUGGGCUCCACCUUGUCGUCGCCCAAGACCUUGCUUUACCACUACAGAGAGUCCUUUGGACAGCUCCUCCAGCUCCACUGAUAGCAGCUCCUCUACUGAUAGCUCGACUGAUAGCAGCUCCACCGAAAGCAGCUCGACUGAACAGAGCUCUACUGAACAGAGCUCCACCGAACAGAGCUCCACUGAACAGAGCUCCACUGAUAGCAGCUCCACUGAACAGAGCUCCACUGAUAGCAGCUCCACUGAACAGAGCUCCACUGAUAGCAGCUCCACUGAACAGAGCUCCACUGAUAGCAGCUCCACUGAACAGAGCUCCACUGAUAGCAGCUCCACUGAACAGAGCUCCACUGUAAGCUCUACUUCGGGUUAGAUUAAAAGAUCUACCAAAGAAAAAGAAUUCAAACUGUAUACAAAUAAAAUCCAUUUUGCACUGUAA